GCAGUGUGCCGUUAGCGGCGGGAAGGAAGGAGCAGGAGAGAUCGGGGGGCGGAGAGGCAGGAGGACGAGAGGCAAGAGGGAUGGAGAGAUAGAAGAGUGGAUGAGUGCCGUGUGGUUGAUUGGUCUGCAGUGUGAGGAGUGUACGGCGUUAUAUCAGACACAGUGGUGUGAUUCCUUCACUGUGAGUAGUGGAGCUGCUCUGUGUUGAAUUAUUGAGGCUGCAGCUGAAUUUUGGGGACGAACUCAUUUAUUAUUAACGAACGCUAAUUGGAAUGGAAAGCUCGAGCAUGUGUUGGAAGUGUUUUCUUCUUCGCCAUUUGUUUGUUUAUGUUUGGAAAAGACUGGCAGACAUCGAGAGUGGAUGCUCCUCGGAGUUGAAACUGUUGCUGAUUUGCACCUGAAGACGGAACAGAAAUUGUUUUUGGAAAAUGUGAAGGACAAACGUCUGAGACGAGGAUUGGACUCCUGGGACGUGUGUGUGUGUGUGUGUGUUUGUUUGUAUGUGUGUAUGUGUUUGUGUGUGUGUGUGUGUGUGCUGUCUGGCUAUAUGUUUGGUUGUCAUGAGGUACCUGGGACACUGUGGGCGACAUUUGGCUCCGCCCACAAAUCCACCCAUAACUUUGCCUUCAGUUGACCAUGCAGGUUCUCCAGAUUGUCAAAGAGUUGGUGUCUCCCUCUCGCCGAAGAGCCAGCGCCAGGUUUGCAGCGUCUGAUGCAGAGCAGGAUGCUGCAGUGAAGUUGGAUCAGGAGCGGGCUGAGAUUGUAGCCAGAUAUGAAAAGGGUGUAGAAGGUGGUCCCGUGGAGCCGUGGGAGGAGGCAAACUAUGACCUCUACAGAGUGGUGGACCGCUUUGGCUUCCUGCAUGAGAAUGAACUUCCGGCCUAUAACUCUGUGGAGGAAAAGCAAAAGCAUCUGGAAUUGGAAAGGACAGAAAAGUGGUUGAAGAUGCUGAAAAGCUGGGAGAAGUACAAGAACAGUGACAAACUGGUAAGGAGGAUCUACAAGGGAAUUCCGCUACAGCUCCGGGGCCAGGUGUGGUGUCUACUCCUUGACAUUCCGAAAAUCAGGGAGGAGAAGGAGGACUUCUAUGGGAAACUGAAGAUUAGGGCUAAAGUAUUAUCUCCUGAUAUCCGUCAGAUAGAUCUGGACGUGAACCGAACCUACAGAGACCACAUCAUGUUCAUGCGGCGCUAUGACGUAAAGCAGCAGGACCUGUUCCACGUCCUCACAGCCUACUCCUUGUACAACAGGGAGGUGGGAUAUUGUCAAGGAAUGAGUCAGAUCACUGCUCUCCUCCUGAUUUAUAUGAAUGAAGAGGACGCAUUCUGGGCACUGGUCAAACUACUGUCUGGACAGAAACAUGCCAUGCAUGGAUUCUUUGUGCCGGGUUUUCCAAAGCUGAUGCGCUUCCAGGAACACCAUGAUCGCAUCCUAAAGAAGAUGAUGCCUAAACUUAAACAACAUCUAGACAGUCAGGAGGUUUUUACCAGCCUGUACACCAUGAAGUGGUUCUUUCAGUGCUUUCUGGACCGUACCCCAUUCACGUUAACCCUGAGGAUAUGGGACAUUUACAUCCUGGAGGGAGAGAGAGUUCUGCCUGCCAUGUCCUACACUAUUCUGAAACUGCACAAAAAAACCCUGAUGAAGCUGUCCAUGGAGGAUCUGGUGGAAUUCCUGCAGGUGACUCUGUCGAAGGAUUUCUUUUUUGAUGACGACUUUGUAAUCGAGCAGCUCCAGAACAACAUGGCUGAACUCAGACGCUCCAAACUAGAACUUCCUCCAGCAGGUAAAGACGAGGAGUUUCCCAAUAAACCACUGGGUCAGUUACCGCCAGAUCCGGCUGAAGCAGCCAAUCAUGUUGCUAAUGGGCAGAUGCCAGCCGGGCAGAUGAUGGACGGUCCACCUGGUUUGAGCGUCACCACAGAAACAGAUGAAACUGCGAAUGGCUCACUGGAUCAGCACAGAGAGAGUCGACCAGCGAGCCGUGCUGGGAAAGAGAAAGACACGGUGGACAAAAUAAACCGCCAAGGAAAGGGCGAUAGACGAGAUGGGCGAAAAGCAACUUUGGUUACUCCGGCAGCCCCAGGAAUGGCCCGAACACCUGAGAAGCAUGGGCCAAACCACGCUGGAGCCAAUCAAAACUCAAACGCAGGCUCAAGCGGGCGUAAAGACAUCACACCUCGUUGGGUCAAACCUUCUGAGAGCAAGUUAGAGGAGGCCAAAGCUGCAGCCUUGAGAGAAAGCCAGCAAAACCUGAGUGUUGGAGUCCCUCCAUCACCCACCAUUCAAAUAUCUGAAGAACAACAACAGCAGCAACAACAACAGCACCGUCCCAGGUCCAGGGCCUUCGUCCAAGGCUCCAACCGAGCCUCUAAUGCAUCACAGUAUGACAAUGUCCCUGGACCUGAUGGAGAUUUCACAGAAAUUUCAGAGUUUGAGUUUGAUCGUCCACCUUCUCGCCCAUACGGGGCAAGACAGGGAAGUCCCACCAGGCCCCCCAGUGGUGGGAUGGGAAUUUCUGCCCCAUCUUUCAGAGUCCCUAAACACACCCCGAUGCCAUCUAACUCUGAAAUCCGCCCACCAGUACACUAUGCAUCCAGCAUGACACCUGUCUACACCCCAUAUACGUCCAAAAUUCGGCCACAGGAGGACAGAGGUUAUGGAAUAAGGAAUGAAGAAAGGGCAUAUGGUACAAAUUUGCGCAUUUCACCUGAGUUUAUGAACCGCUCACCCGAAAAAGUGCCGAUGAACAACAGUUACACUACCUACAGACGCCAACCAGGCCAUGUUACCCCUCUCCAGGUGGCACCUGCUGAUUCUAGAGCCCAGCUGGAAAAUAGUGGGGCCAGAAUGGACAAUUUCGGAGGCCGUAUGGACAGUGUUGGACCCCGGAUGGACUAUGUUGGACCCCGGAUGGACAACGUUGGAACCCGGAUGGACAACAUUGGAGCCAGAAUGGACAGUACCAGCGAUAUCAGACACUACCCAAGACAGCCAACGCGCCUUUUAGGAUCGCCCGUUUUCACGCCAGCAGAACAGCGCUAUGAAAGGCAGCGGCGAGGUGAAGGGUGGUAUGGAGAAACGAUGGAGGGAGUGAUGGUGCCACCCCUGCGCACUUCAGGUGGGUUGCCCCGCUCACCCAGUUUCCAGAAAGCCCAGCUUUCGCCUGUCCACCCAGUCCAGGAAUUCGCCUUCCCGUCUGCGGCCGUCCCACGGCCCACACUGUUCGGAGGAUCUCACUACAGACAUGCGCAAGAAGCCUUCGCCAUGCAGGAGUCCAUGUUGCUCUGAGAGAAAGUGAGAUGGAUGCUGUGUCCCAAUUGUAUUCUCAGCAUUAAUACUGUAAGAUAUAUAUCGUGUGCUAAGACUCGGGUUAGUACACAGGACCUAAACGUACUGCACUGUUUUGUACUAAUGGAGAUGACUUGAUGUUGCUAUGCAAAUGGAAAGUGAUGAUGUCAUUAUGCCAACAUACAUUAUUUCAAGCUACAACUUUGUCACCAAAUUUGUAGGCAGUUAUGCUCUUUUUUUGUACUUUUCUGGGAAGUUUAGGGCUCGCUCAUAGAAAAUUGCAGCUUUAUUUACAAAUUUCUUUCAUCUCAAGUUUCAGUUCAAGUCUGUUAGCUAAAUAGCUUUCGUCAAGGUUUUCAAAAUUUGAAACCACCAUACUCAAAACUUGGCAUACGCUGAUGUUGCAUUUACAUUUUGGCUUUGAGAAAACAUUUUUUUGUUCCUCAUAACAGAAUUGGUAUAAUCACUGACAGUAUGCGGUCAGUAGCAUUGUGCAGCCAUGCAAUAGUUGCCAUGGUGAUAGCAUUACUGGAGUGAUAUUCCUGCUCAUGUAUGGGGUAAUGGUGUUAGCCACUAUUAUCCAAAUAAGUGUUUUCAGACACACAGUUUCUACUGGUGUGCUUUCAUUGACAUUUGAGUUUGUUUGUACAUGAAUGAAAUCAAGUGAGGCCGUAAUACAGAAACAUCCUACCUCUGAAAUCUGCUUUAGUCACCAUGACAACUUCGGUUAGACUGAAUCUAAGUCAGUAGCUAUUACAGAUUAAUGGUUCCUAAAUUUAUAAUGUUAUCCUAACUUUAGAUAAGUAAACAGUAUAACAGGAGCAUUCUAACUAGAUAAAACUUUCAAAACAGUGUACAAUGUUUGUUUUUUAAUUUGUUUGUUUGUUUCAAAAAUAGCAGGAUGACAAAAGCCUUAAAAGGAAACUGAAAUGUGGCGUUGCCUCUGUUAAACAGCAAGGGGUGCAAUCACAAUAUUCUUUUAACUUUUUCGAUCAAGACUACUAAAACAUCCAGUUAGUGCACUUUAGUUUUGUUUUCCCAUUUAUUAGACAGAGUAGUAGCUGUCUAUACUAAAUAUAUAAACAUUUUUGUUUAGCUUAUUUUAAUGAUUUUUGUUUACAUCUUUGCUGUGAUCAAAUGAUCAAAUUGUAAGUCGCUCUGGAUAAGAGCACCAUCCAAAUGCCAUAAAUGUAAAUGUAAAACAAUCAGUUAUCAACCUCUGUUGAGUGGAUUAGUUUGCUUAACUUGAGAUAAUUAGAGAUAUUACUGAAUUAAGCAUGUACUUAUGUAAUAUGAAUUUGCAAAAAAAUCUUAUCUUGAUCUUGUUCGAUUUUAGCUUAAGACUAUUUUCUGUAAUACAGCUCCAGGACUAUUGGAGGUUCAGCAUCUGUAUUUCCCAAAAUUUCAACAUUCCAUAUAUUUCACUGCUGUAGCUGAUGACAGAAGUUGGGAAUAUUGAUCUUGACAGGAUGUUCUGCUGACCACUAUGGUGCUCUGCAAUCUCAGCUCAGUUGAAACAUAUGUGUCCAGUUUGCUGUCGUUUCUUAACUGCCAGAAUGUAACAGCAGCCUGGUUGUUUAAUUUUUGUCACUUGUGAAUAUAGUGCAUACUACAUAGCCGUGUGCAAAAGUUUGGGUACCCCUGGUUGAAUUACAUUUUGUUGGUUUUCUAAGUGAAAUAAAUACACAUCUUUUAUUGCCCAAGUACUGUUUAACAUAUUGGGGGAAAAAAGUUAAAGUUAUGACACAUUUUAUUUAUUUUUUUUCCCGAAUAUGUUCAACCCAGCAAAUAAAAAGAGUGGGCACAAAACUUUGCACAAAAUUUUCACAUAUAAGCUUGUUCGCUAAUAGAGGGCGUGUUAACUUUCACUUAGCGAAUGAACUAAACGUAAUAUUGGGUGUUGAAACGUUUGCUUGCAACUGCAUAUUCAAAAGAGUUUUAGUGUUUAGUGAAUUGGUGUUUAUCAUACAAUUGGGACACAGCAAGAGUGAGGCAGUCAGAAAGGUAGAGGAAGUGAGAAAGAAAGAGCAAGAGACAGAGAGAAGAAGGUGUUUAAUGCACAUGUGAAGGUUAUCUAGAAGAGUUACCAUAUUUACAAGAGUGUAUGUGUUGGGUGUUACUUCACAGAACAGAAUUCCUCAGUUAGUUGCUUCAUUUCAUCAAUCAGAAAUGUCCAUUAACUCUUGACGUUUGGCUUAUCUGACUAACUGAGAAAUCUGUCUUUUGUGAAAUAAACACCUGAUUGUUUGCUUGUUUACUGUGUUUUGUUUGUAUUUGUUUGUUGUGUUUUUUUGCCAGACUUUCUGCCCCCGAAUUCUUACUAAACCAAUGCGGCGGGACCCACCAACUUGAGACGUUUGUACUGAUCAACCCUCACGGACUUACUAAAGAUUUUUAUUUUUUGUUUGGAUGGUGAAGUAGCCUAAUCCUUAACAGGAAGUCUUAACAAAAGAACCUUUUAGAGUUUAAACAUGUACAGAGAGAUUUUUGUUUUCCCACUUAUUUAAAUGUCCUUAUUGAUAGCAUGAACUGGGGGGAAAAGCGUCCAAUUAUUUUUUUUUCUUUUUCUUUUUUUUUUUAAAUGAUUUAGUUUUCUAUACACAAGAUAUACUAUAUGUGUAUAUACUGUAUACAUGCUUUAGAUUACUUUAGAUUUCAGGUUAUUCGAUAUGCUUGUGAAUAUCAUAUUUUUCAAUGAGAAUUAAUUAAGGUAUCUACACUUAGGAACAAAAAUGGUAACAGUGGAAAAUAUCCCUGUUAAAAGCAUUUUGUUAAGAAUGCUCCACCGAAAUGAAUAUUGCACCUAAUAGAGGGAUCUUCUUCUUUUCUCUCCAGGGCAAAUGCAGUUAAAGAGAUAAAUUUGAUCAGAAGGUGCACUUGUACUAAAAGCUUGAUCACUGUUCUGGUAGCAGGUUUCCAGCUUCAUUCCAUAUUUAAAGGGUAAUUUCACCAAUUUUACAAAAAGUUGUGCAUAAAUCAACUGUUGAGAUAUAAAUGGUCAUUCAGCGUGAUUUGACAUACAAUGGUUUAUUGUACAGAUUUGAAUUUCUUUACAGUGAUGGUGAUGGCAACCAGGAGUUGCAUUGUCUACAGCCAUUUUAUCACUAUUCAGUAACACCGGUGUACCUAUACAUGUCUUUAUAUGUAAUGUUAAUGAUGAUAAAAUAGUUGUCAAUCUGAAACAGUAAGUUUUCUUUGGAUACUGUUUUGCCAUAAAUUUCUUUAAGGGAGCUUUUAGAGGUAUUAAAAUCUUCAGCUAUCUGGUUCCUAUCACCACCACUGUGAACAAUUCUGACUCAACAAGUUUCUGUAAAACAGAUCAAGCCAGUCUGAAUGACUUAACCCUGUAAUUAUGCGCAAACUUUAAAAAAAAAAAAAAAAAAAGGGUACCCUUUAAUCUCACUGACUUUGCAAUCACACAGGCUCCAGCCCAAAUUACACCUAUUCCAGUCCUAAAACGCACUGAUCCCAGUUUUCUGAUUGGUUAAUUGGCUUCCGUGUGGACUGAGCUAUGGUGUCCACGGUUGGUGACCGAUGACACACACACAGCACACUCAGGUUAGAGCUUGUUUUUGUGAUGAAAGCUGCUUACAUGAAGAAGCUGUCUAUAAGAACCGAUUCAUAGCACUACUACGCUAUUAUUGCCUGCUCAUAAUGCAGUAUUUGUGUACUUCAUGUUUUUGUGAUUGUCAAAGCAUAUUGUUCUGCUGUUUUCAUACAUACACACAGUCCAUGAAAUGUUUGGAAACAUCUAACCUUUCAGAAUGUCUUUAAAAAAAUGAGUUUUGUCGGUUUAAAAUAACUUAGCAUGCUGAAUAGAGAGAUUUGACCAUUUUCCUUUGCCAAAACUUACCUGCUCUUCAUAUCAAAAAAGACACUUUGAUGAACAAGAAACCAAGUGUUGAAGUUAAAUCUUCAACAGAACAAAACUGCUUUGCUCUUAUUUGAAUGAACUGGAAAACGUUUUGUUACAAUAUGCUUAUAUAUUGAUUCCUGCAUUUCUCUGAAAAUUUGAAUGCAUAAUUUCUAUUUAUAUAUAAGUAUAAUAUAUGUCUACUUGCAUCGGCCAAAUUUAAUAUGUAUUGUCCCAAGAUGUUAAAAUAAAUAAAAGCACAUAAACAGUAAUUGUGCAUUAAAUUAUACUUACAUGUUCACUUAUUUUCAAUUAUAAAACCAACAAAACUCAUUUAAUGGUCAUAUAUAUGCUGUAAAGAAAGUUGUCCUUUGCCAUGGAUGGUUGUGUUAACAAACAUUUGUUACAAGCUUAUUGUGUUCACUUUGUGUGCUGUGUGUGUGGGUGGGUACAUAUACAUGCCCACAUAUACAACUGCACCAGCCAACACUAUUAAAAUCAGUAUUCAAGUACUGUAAUCAAUUAAGUACUAAAGAAUACCAGGGAGUAUAUUCUUUCCAUGCUCACUACAGCUCUACAUUUCAAUUCCAAGUAGGGAACACAGUCUGCCUGGAUGCUGCCCUGUAGUCUGGAACUGCUGACUGGUUGCUGUUUGCUGAUAAAGCCUGUAUUACUGUUUUAAUGCACUACAUAAAUGACUAAGAAAAAGUGUGAGAUUGAUUAGAUCAGUUAAGAACAUUCAGUUAGAGCGUGGACCUUUUUGAAACUAAGCUGAAGUAUCAAAGGCUGUACUUUGCUUUGGAUUGGAACAGAGCCCAUGCUGGUGCUGUAUUGUCUAUCCAUCAUUCCUCAGUGUGUAUGGCUCAGUUAUGUAAUCUUAAUUUAUCAUAUCCGCUGUGCACUCCCAGUGUUUCAGCACUGUCGUUCAUAAAAAAGACUACUAUAACAUUUUCUUUUUGCAUUUUGUAUAAUAUAUAUCACAUUUCCAUUGCAUAUGGCAUUUCUUAGAGUUCCACACAAACGUAAACACAUGGAAAUACAUAACAUUCCUCAUUCCUUACGCACUCUUCAUGUGCAUUCUCCUAAGCACACACACAACUCUCAGGCUGAGUUAUUAUAUCCCCACCCUCUGCGUAUUUAUAAUCACAAUGAUCAUGAGCUGAAGAGAGCUACUAUAGGCCUGUAUCUAUUGUUAAAGAAUAGUGCAUUUUGAUACAGAGUUUCAGUUGUGAUUAUUUUGACAGGAGGAUUUUUUGUUUCUUUAAUUUUGGUUAAACUACUAAAUGCAAACUUGACGAUCAAAAAUGACUUUCUCUAAUAAAAAUGAAACCCCCGGGUGGUGAUGAAUUAAAAUGAU